AUGGCCGAGACUGCUGCCCCUGAGACGCCUGCACCGGCCGCUGCCGUAAAGGAAUUCACGAUGGAAGAUGUGGCUCCUCACAACACCACGGAGGACUGCUGGAUGGUCAUUCGUGAAGACGGAGUCCGCAAGGUAUAUGACGUCACUGCCUUCCUGGACGACCACCCGGGCGGCCCGGAGAUUAUGGUGGACGUGGCUGGUCAGGACGCCACCGACGAGUUCGAAGACAUCGGCCACUCGAACGACGCACGUGCGCAACUUAAGCAGUUCGAGAUCGGCAAGAUCAAGGGCGAUGCCAAGAAGGAGGCAACCGCUACGACCAGCGCUGGUGGCUCUAAGGUCUCGGCUAGCGGGCGACAGGAUAUUAGCGGUGACAACGGUCCGCUCUACGCCGUACUGGCGGCUGCGGUGGUCUUCACCGCGCUCUACUUCAAGUACCAGUAA